GCGACGCUCAUUCCUGCUCUCUUCCUCUCCUCCCUCCUCUCCAUCUCUCCUUCCUUUCCCCUCCCUCUCCCUUCCCCCUUUCCUCCCUCUCCCCCUCCGCUCCCGCAUUUCCCUCCGGCAGCCGGCCGGCCGCUCUGGCAUCAUGCUCCGGCUCCUCCGGUUGCUCCUGCUCCUGCUGCUGCUGCCUCCCCCGGGGUCCCCCGAGCCCCCCGGCCUGGCCCCGCUGUCCCCCGGGGCGCCUCCUCAGGCCCCCGACUUGCUCUACGCGGACGGACUGCGCGCCUACGCGGCGGGGGCCUGGGCGCCGGCGGUGGCGCUGCUGCGGGAGGCGCUGCGGAGCCGGGCGGCGCUGGGCCGCGCGCGGCGGGACUGCGGGGCGCGCUGUGCGGCGGAACCGGGGACCGCGCUCCCCGCCGCCCCGGGACCCGACUCCGGGCCGGGAGCGGCGUGGGCCUCAUGGGAACCUCUGCUCCUCCGCGCCGCGCUCCGCCGCGCCGAGUGCCUGACCCAGUGCGGGGCGCGCAGGCUGGGCCCAGGGGGCGCGGCGCGGCUGCGGGUGGUGAGCGCGCUCCGGGACGCCUUCCGCCGCCGGGAGCCCUACAACUACCUGCAGAGGGCCUACUACCAGCUGAAGAAGUUGGACCUGGCAGCAGCUGCAGCACACACCUUCUUUGUAGCAAACCCAACACACCUGCAGAUGCGGGAGGACAUGGCUAAGUACAGACGAAUGACCGGGGUUCGGCCCCAGAGCUUCCGGGACCUGGAGACACCCCCACAUUGGGCAGCCUAUGACACUGGCCUGGAGCUACUGGGGCGCCAGGAGGCAGGACUGGCACUGCCCUGGCUAGAGGAGGCCCUGCAGGAGAGCCUGGCCCAGAUGGAGAGCUGCCGGGCUGACUGUGAGGGGCCUGAGGAGCAGCAGAGGGAAGAAGACGAGCAGGAAGGGACAGGGAGCCAGGGGGGCCUCUAUGAGGCCAUUGCAGGUGUGUCUCCCGCAGUGCACUGGAUUCGGGUCCUGCAGUGCCGGCAGCGCUGUGUGGGGGACACGGCCACACGUCCUGGUCGCAGCUUCCCUGUCCCCGACUUCCUGCCUGGCCAGCUGAAGCGGCUGCAUGAGGCCUAUGCUCAGGUGGGGAAUCUGUCCCAGGCUGUGGAAAAUGUCCUGAGCCUCCUGCUUUUCUACCCGGAGGAUGAGGCUGCCACGAAGGCUCUGGACCAGUACCAGGCCCAGCUGGGAGAGCCAAGACCCGGCCUCGGGCCGAGAGAGGACAUCCAGAGCUUUGUCCUUCGAUCCCUGGGGGAGAAGAGACAGCUCUACUAUGCUAUGGAGCACCUGGGGACCAGCUUCAAGGAUCCUGAUCCCUGGACCCCGGCAGCUGUCAUCCCGGAGGCUCUUAGAGACAAGCUCAGAGAGGAUCAGGAGAAGAGGCCGUGGGACCAUGAGCCUCCUCAGCCGAAGCCCUUGACUCACUGGAAGGAUGUCCUCCUCCUGGAGGGAGUAACCCUGACCCAGGACGCCAGACAGCUGAAUGGGUCUGAGCGAGCAGUGCUGGAUGGGCUGCUCACCCCAGCCGAAUGUGGGGUGCUGCUGCAGCUGGCCAAGGACGCAGCUGAGGCUGGAGCCAGGUCAGGCUAUCGGGGCCGCCGCUCCCCACACACCCCCCACGAACGCUUUGAGGGGCUUACGGUGCUCAAGGCUGCACAGCUGGCCCGGGCCGGGGCCGUGGGCAGUCAGGGUGCUCAGCUGCUCCUGGAGGUGAGCGAGCGUGUGCGGACCCUGACACAGGCCUACUUCUCCCCGGAUCGGCCCCUGCACCUCUCCUUCACCCACCUGGUGUGCCGCAGUGCCGUAGAAGGAGAGCAAGCGCAGCGCAUGGACCUGAGCCACCCGGUGCAUGCAGACAACUGCGUCCUGGACCCCGACACCGGGGAGUGCUGGCGGGAGCCCCCAGCCUAUACCUACCGGGACUACAGUGGACUCCUCUACCUCAACGAUGACUUCCAGGGCGGGGACCUGUUCUUCACGGAGCCCAACGCCCUCAGGGUCACGGCGCAGGUUCGACCUCGCUGCGGGCGCCUUGUGGCCUUCAGCUCUGGUGGGGAGAAUCCCCAUGGCGUGUGGGCUGUGACGAGGGGACGGCGCUGCGCCCUGGCGCUGUGGCACACGUGGGCACCUGAGCACAGGGAGCAGGAGUGGACAGAAGCCAAAGAGCUGCUGCAGGAGCCAGAGGAGGAGGAAGAAGAAAUGUCCAGCAGAGACCCUGCCCCAGAACCCCCCAGCCGCAGGCUUCAGCGGGUCCAAGACAAGGCUGGGAAGCCAUCUCGUGUCCGAGAGGAGCUGUGAGAGGCUGAGCCAGCUUGACUUGUGAAGGGUCCACCUUGAUGCCAAGACCCAUGAGAAGCCCCUAUGUGACAGGAGGAGAACAGCCAGCUCUCUGUCCCUGCACCCCCAUCCUCUUGGGGAUAAUGAGGGACAUCAGCCCUGGACUCAGAGGACACGGCACAGACUGGCUUGGGGGGCCAGGCUUGGCCCAGCUGGCAGACCUCCUGCCCUGGGACAGACAGAAGACUGGAUGCCACCCUGGAAAGAAAUGGCAGGGGAUAGGGCCCGACUGCGGGGUUUAAAGGAGGAGGAAAAGAGGGAGGACACCCCGCUGCCCUCUCCCAGCCUGCCAAUAAAGGUCCUGAAGACCCUCA